UUUUGGUCACAGGCUGAAGGACAGAGAAACAAAUAAGCAUCAAUUUCAGGUACCCGCGAUUUCAGGGGCACUUCAUAAUAUCCCUGCUGAAAAUGUCAGAAUAAGAAGUCGUCCCUCUCAUAUAGCGAGAAAGCCAGGAGUUACCAGCUGUCCAAUGACAUGAGCUCAGUAUCAUCUGACUGGGUUUUUGGAAGCUGAGCAGCACAAAGUGUCCACGUAGCUUGAGAUGUCUCUUUGGUGUUCGCCUUUCCAUUCCCUCCCUCAAACACCAGCUCAUACAAGGUGCGAUUUCUUUAUCAUUCAUCUGACGGAUUCCUGUUUUAUCUCUCUCCACUGUCUGUGUUUACAAUGCCUGAGUCGGAGGAUCUGCAGACUACAGGGAAAAUGAACUGUGAAGGAAGCAUAUUAGGUACAAAGCGGCGCGAGGGAUCUGCAUUGAAGCUUUACCCCAUGUUGUUCUCCUGUUGGACCCCAGGGACAUACGAUCAAGCGAAUGAGCACUUACAGCGCACAACCCAAGCAUAUAAAGAGGAUGAGCUGUAGCUAUCUCCUGUGCACCAUCCUGCUCUUUGUCGCCGUGUUACUGGCUGUCACGGUAACGGGCAUCAUUCUCUUGAUGAAUCAUUACCAAGCGCCCACCGGCCCUGACGGCCCCCCUCUCAUCAGCACCAACCAGGAUGAGGGAAAUGCCCUGGUAACCAUCGACAGGGGCGACGGCUCACGCAUCAACAUCUUCAUUGAUCCCAACUGCCCCGACUACAACAAUAACUUCCUGCGUCUGGAGGGCGUACAGACCUCUCUUCUGCACUCGCUCACGGACCACGACACUGAUCUGAAGUCAGUAAAGGGCCAAGACCGCGCUCUGUUGGUUAAACUGGCAGAGGAGGUUGCCAAACUGUCCGCUCAUGCCAGCCAAUUAAAAAUGGAGUACAACGCCCUCAGACAGGGUCAGGUUAACAUCGGUCAGGAGCUUAGUACUCUUCAGUCCGAACAGGGCAGGCUUAUCCAGCUGCUUUCGGAGAGUCAGAUCAACAUGGUGAAGGUGGUGAACUCGGUGAGCGAUGCGCUCAGCUCCAUGCAGAAGGAAACGGGCAACAUCAAGGGCCGUCUCAAGGCAGAUCUCCAGAGGGCUCCGGUGCGCGGUGUCCGGCCCAAGGGCUGCGCCAGCGGAGAGGGUUAUAGACCCAGGGAUUGCAGUGACAUCUAUGCUAGCGGGCAAAGAGAAGAUGGUAUCUACUCCGUCUUUCCCACACAUUACCCGGCAGGCUUUCAGGUUUACUGCGACAUGACUACUGAUGGGGGUGGAUGGACGGUGUUUCAACGCAGAGAAGAUGGCUCAGUGAAUUUUUUUCGCGACUGGGAAGCGUACCGUGAGGGAUUUGGCAAGAUAACAGGAGAACAUUGGCUGGGCAUGAAAAGGAUCCAUGCACUUACCAUUCAAGCCAACUAUGAGUUGAGGAUUGACCUGGAGGACUUUGAGAACAGCACAUCUUUUGCUCAGUAUGGAUCUUUUGGAGUGGGUUUGUUCUCAGUUGACCCGGAUGAGGACGGCUACCCGCUGAGCAUCGCUGACUACUCCGGCACUGCGGGCGACUCGCUGCUCAAACACAACGGGAUGAAAUUUACAACCAAGGACAAAGACAACGAUCACUCGGAGAAUAACUGUGCGUCGUUCUACCACGGCGCCUGGUGGUACCGCAACUGCCACACCUCCAACCUCAACGGACAGUACCUGCGCGGUCAACACACCUCUUACGCCGACGGGAUCGAGUGGUCGUCCUGGACCGGUUGGCAGUACUCUCUGAAGUUCACGGAGAUGAAGAUCAGGCCUACCAAUAAGGAGGAGAAUAAAUGAGCGAGUACUGAACCCAAAGAUGGCUGUAGGUGUAAAGAGACACUAGAUGCAGAAAUGCGAGGACUUCUCAUGAAUUGUUUCUAUCCCUUUUUCCGCCCUCCCCAUCUUGUAGUGUUCGUGCCGAUGCCCAGAGGGCCGCUGUUUUCCUCUCGAUCCAUUGGUCGCAUCUCUGAAAAUUAUUAUUAAGAAGCAUUGCAGAUAUUGUCUGAAUGAAUAAAAAUAGCUAUUGUCUAUAAAAGGGAAAAAAAUCCGAAAAAAUUUCCGUAGCUGUGAAAUUUAGCAAGAACGUGUAGCUUUUCAUAACAAAGACUUGACUCCUCUCAUACAAACAGAUGGUAAGAGAGGUUCUCCUGUGUUAUUUUCAGUUUGUGCUUGAAGGAUAUCGAAAUAUCAUCAUUUACUCAUCCUCAUGUUGUUACUCAUCCCGGCUAUUCUUUUCAAUGCAAGAACACCAGACAUCUAUCAUAAAUGUGUCAAGAUUUUUCUUAAAUUUUAGUCUUUUUAGUUUUCACAAAGACUCAUUUGGCUUGUGGUACGAAGCUUAAAGUUUUUAAAACAUCACUUCUUCAGAUUGACUAUUUUUGUGUUUUAUAACAGCAUGAGGGUUGAGUAUACUACUGUAUAGGAUGAGAAAUUUGUCAUUUCUGGGUGAACUAAACCUUUGAUCAAAUACUCGUAGCUAAACAUAACAAGGAUGCAUUGGUGUUUUCGACCACUGCUUUAUUAUCUGGGAGGUAAAAUAGGUUAUUGACCAGCAAGGAUAUACAAAGAGAAUAUAUGUCACAGUGGGGGCUUUCAAACCGAUGGGCCAAUACAGACACAUUAUUCACUCUGACAGGUCGGUGCAAGCGGAUGUGCCGGCCAUCGGAUGGUUUAUCAAUGGAGAAGCAGAACUUACAAAAAACACAAUAACGCCGCCUUUGUUAUUGUCAGGUAACAGAGCGGAUGGAUUUCAUCGUAUGCUCUGGUUGGCACCCGUGGCGCAAUAGGUCAGAGAGACCUGAGCUGUCAAAGAGACGGUUUUGAGUCUUGAGAACUGAAGUUGGGUUGGAUCUUUUAUGACUCUCACUGCUGUUUUGAUUGUGAAGCAUAAGUCAAGUCAUCCUGCUGGUCAUUUUGCCGCCAAUGUAUGAUUCUCUAUUGUCCAAAAUGUUGUUGUGGUUUCUUCUUAUGUGUUUCAAAGCAUUUUAAAAGUUUUGAAGGACAUAAGAGCAAUGGCUUUCAUUUUUGGGUAAACUAUUCCUUUACCACCUGCUUGCAAAUUUAGCAUUAAAGCACUCUUUUUGUUGUUGUUGUCUGUUUUCUAUCUAUGCAGACCUGUCCAUUAAUUUACGACAUCGACAAUGUGCAUAUUGUUACUUUUCCGAACUAUCAACUUUUGCCCAUUUACUCGUGUUAUCAUUUUACACACCAUUUUGAACCCGUUCUGUAUUUGAUCUGUAUAUUAAUUCUGUUUGUCAUGCGAGAUCAACAUGACCAUGAGAUGAACCAAUGUUGCAUUGUUUAGAAUGUGAAAAUCGGUAUCAUAUUUUAUUUGUAUCUUUAUAUUUGUUGUGAUUGUACAUUGAUUAUUCUGUCAGAAAUGAACGUUGUCUGCACUUUAAAAAACAAAAACAGUCAUUUCUGUUUUGAAAAGUUUUGCAAUCACUUUUAUAUCUAUAUCAAAAGGAUUUCAAAGUAGUUUUAUGUACUGAAUGAUAACUUUCCCCUUAGUAUUUUGAGAAUGAAAAGUCUUUCAGUAUCGACCUUGUUUUAUUGUAAUAAUGUUUAUCUAUAUUAAAAUGGCCAACUUAUAAAUACCUAACUGAAAACCAAUUUACCAAAGUCAAUGGAAAUUUAAAACUACAACAGAAUGUAUAGUACAGAUGUCACGGCCCCUUCGAAAGUCAUGUGCUCAACCAAGCUGAAGCAUUAUAUCGGUCAAUAAAGAGAACCACAGUUAUUACAAAGUAACAACAUUUCUGUGGGAUGAAAUUGUUCAAGGUCAACACUGCUGUGUAGAUUGAGUUUCACAGUCAAUUCCCUAGGAAAGCCAUGGGAAGGAUUUAAAUGGCAGGGUUGUCGGGAUAUACUAGCAUGCACAUUUAAAACCGGGGAAAAUGCCAAUAAAAUCAAUCACAGCCCACCAUGCCAUAUCCUCCUGCCCUCCAAAGGUAUAUUAGACGAAAUCUGUGGUUCUUUUAGUGUGUGAAACUGAUGCAGAGAUUAUCUCUUUUUGUUGUGAUAGAGGAUGCAAUGUGCUAGACAGUUUUAGACUUUGGGAAAGCAUUGAUUGUCAGUUUGUGAACAAAACUAUAUCUGUCUGCCGAUGGCCCCUCAAACUACACCUGUCUGCUGAUGGCCCCUCAAACUACAUCUGUCUGCUGAUGGCCCCUCAAACUACACCUGUCCGCCGAUAGCACCUUAAACUACACCUCUCUGCUGAUGGCCCCUUAUACUACAUCUGUCCGCCGAUGACCCCUUAUACUACACCUGUCCGCCGAUGACCCCUUAAACCACACCUGUCCGCUGAUAGCCCCUCAAACUACACCUCUCUGCUGAUGGCCCCUAAAACUACACCUGUCUGCUGAUGGCCCCUUAAACUACACCUAUCCGCCGAUGGCCCCUUACACUACACCUGUCCACAAAUAGUCCCUUAAACUACACCUGUCUGCCGAUGGCCUCUUAAACUACACCUGUCCGCUGAUAGCCCCUCAAACUACACGUGCCCGCUAUGGCCCCUUAUACUAUACCUGUCUGUCGAUGGCCCCUUAAACUACACCUGUCCGCUGAUGGCCCCUCAAACUACACCUGUCUGCCCAUGGCCCCUCAAACUACACCUGUCUGCCGAUGGCCCCUCAAACUACACCUGUCUGCCGAUGGCCCCUCAAACUACACCUGUCUGUUGAUGGCCCCUUAUACUACAUCUGUCUGCUGAUGGCCCCUAAAACUAUGCCUGUCUGCUGAUCCCCCUCAAACUACACCUCUCUGCUGAUGGCCCGUAAAACUACGCCUGUCUGCUGAUGGCCCCUUAUACUACACCUGUCCGCCAAUGACCCCUUAAACUACACCUGCCCACUCAUAGCCCCUCAAACUACACCUCUCUGCUGAUGGUCCCUAAAACUACGCCUGUCUGCUGAUGGCCCCUUACAUUACACCUGUCCGCCAAUGACCCCUGAAACUACACCUGUUCGCUGAUAGCCCCUCAAACUACACCUCUCUGCUGAUGGCCCCUAAAACUACGCCUGUAUGCUGAUGGCCCCUUAUACUACACCUGUCUGCCAAUGACCCCUUAAACUACACCUGUCCGCUGAUAGCCCCUCAAACUACACCUGUCCGCCAAUGACCCCUUAAACUACACCUGUCCGCUGAUGGCCCCUCAAACUACACCUGUCUGCCCAUGGCCCCUCAAACUACACCUGUCUGCCGAUGGCCCCUCAAACUACACCUGUCCACUGAUGGCCCCUCAACUACACCUGUCCGCCAAUGGCCCCACAAACUACAUCCAUCUGCUGUUGGUCCCUCAAACUACACCUCUUUGCUGAUGACCCCUAAAAUUAUGCCUGUCUGCUGAUGGCCCCUCAAACUACACCUGUCCGCCGAUGGCCCCUUAUACUAUACCGGUCUGCCGAUGGCCCCUUAAACUACACCUGUCCGCCAAUGACCCCUUAAACUGCACCUAUCCGCUGAUAGCCCCUCAAACUACACCUCUCUGCUGAUGGCCCCUAAAACUACGCCUGUAUGCUGAUGGCCCCUUAUACUACACCUGUCCGCCAAUGACCACAUAAACUACACCUGUCCGCUGAUGGCCCUCAAACUACACCUGUCUGCCCAUGGCCCCUCAAACUACACCUGUCUGCCGAUGGCCCCUCAAACUACACCUGUCUGCUGAUGCCCCCUCAAACUACACCUCUCUGCUGAUGGCCCCUAAAACUACGCCUGUCUGCUGAUGGCCCCUUAUACUACACCUGUCCGCCAAUGACCCCUUAAACUACACCUGUCCACUGAUAGCCCCUCAAACUACACCUCUCUGCUGAUGGCCCCUCAAACUACACCUGUCUGCCGAUGGCCCCUCAAACCACACCUCUCUGCUGAUGGCCACUCAAACUACACUUCUCUGCUGAUGGCCACUCAAACUACAUCUCUCUGCUGAUGGCCCCUAAAACUACGCCUGUCUGCUGAUGGCCCCUUAUACUACAUUUGUCUGCUGAUGGCCCCUAAAACUAUGCCUGUCUGUUGAAGGCCCCUUAUACUAUACCUGUCUGCGGAUGGCCCCUCAAACUACACCUUUCCAUCGAUGGCCCCUUAUACUACACCAUAAUUUCAACAACAAUGAUUAUGACAGAAUUCCUGAAUACUCCUGACAUCAUGCCAUUGGUUGAACAAAUACAGUAGUCACACCCCAAACUCAUGCCACUAGUUAAGUGUUCCAUUGAAUAAAGACAUUAUUCAACAUAUUUUGCCCUUUCUAGCAUCCCCAAACUCAAAUCUACAUGUGGAUUAUAAUUGGACUCCAGUCAGUUAACAUUUAAUAUACUCUAUUACAUUUUGGGAAUGAUGGACUCAUAUUCCAGAUUUUUAGGUCUGGUAGCAAUUACAGUACAUUUAUUUCUCUGUUGAUCCUUUAAAUGUGUUUAAUGUUCAGAGUUUAAUAAACAUUCACAAUGUUCUGACAUUUUAAUUUAAUGUUCAAACAUUUAAUAAACAUCCACAAUUUCUAUCUUAAUUUA